AUGUCGUCCUUAUCGCCGGAGGACGCGGCAACCUUGCACAAUAUAGGCGUCGAUCUAAUUCAGAGCGUCGUCGCGCUCUUCGUUGAAGCGGUCCUAUACACGGUAUACGCUGUCCUUGUUCUGGUUGCGGGAAGGAUACUCUUGCGACGAAAAGGGAACUGGAAGUCCAUUGUAGCGUUCAGCAUCAUCUUGGUGAUGUUGAUGCUGGACACUAUAUUCGUCGUCAUUGACGUGAACAAUGCAAUUCGCGAAAUAACGAGCACACUUCUAUCCGACUCCGACAAGUCGCUCACUGAUCGGUAUAACCAAAUGGUUUUACCUUGGCCGGUGGAAAGCGUCGCAUAUGCAUUCAUGUCGAACUUAGGCGAUGUCAUCAUCAUCUGGCGUGCUUGUGUAUUCUGGGGCGGAGCAGGCGAGAGAUGGGCUUUGAUGUUACCUCUCGCGUCUCUGUUGGGUUCAAUUGUCACUUCUGUUCUUCUUGCAUACUGCGUAGCGCAACUCGACGAUGAUCCGCUCAUUCCUAUCGGUGAUCUGCUCAAUCCUCCCUUCUGCAAGCACUCGCAGCUCGCCUCAUAUAUCACUGCUCUCGUCACAACGACGAUCGUCACUCUGAUGAUCGGUUACAAGACUUGGUUAUAUAGGAAAGAGGUUGGCUCGUACUUACGCUCAUCCUCGUCAUCUAGGACAAGGAUCGAGAAGACUAUGAUCAUACUCGUCGAGUCGGGUUUCUUGUACUUCCUAUUCUUCCUUUCUGCAGUUGUGAGCGACUCCGGCGACCUGACUUCCCGAGAAACCAGCACACCUCAACUUGCGUUCGCAUACACCGUCUGGGCCUUCAUGACAAGCCAUAUCCUCGGGAUAUACCCGGCGCUCAUAGUAGUUCUUGUGCACACUCAGCGCUCUUACAUACCGACCAACGACUUCAACCUCUCGACGGUUUACUUCUCAGGCCCCUCAGACUCGGAACAGCCGGCUUCGGGAGGCGUAGCUUGUCAACCCAGUCUCGGUUGA